AUGGGGGCAGCAGCGGUUGUGGGCAGUUUGCUGCUGAUUUUGGGGUUCACCGUCCUGCGGCUUGGGGAGCACGCGGUUGAGAUCCGGAUUCGCUAUGGCGGUGCGGCGCGCACUGGCUCAGUGCCAUUUCAGAUGCAAGCAGAUGCCGUGGAGCACAUGGCCGACUGCGACGUAUCAUCUGGCACGUGCAGCUUGCAAGUCUCCUUGAGUCGGGACAUGCCUCCGCCAGUUCGUGUGCUCUACCAUCUCGAUCCGUUCUACCAGAACUUCCCGACCUACAUUGCUUCAGGCCUCCAGCCCAAAUCAGCGGACUUCCUCGCACAGAUGUGCACCUUGCUCGACCAGGUUCGACCUCCGGUGCAUGGGGAGAACUGCCACAAGCCUUUCAACGAUACCUUCGAGUUGCGGCGAAACGGAGCUGUCCUCUACAUCAGCAAAGACGGUGUCGGCAAUCCCGAAGAUCGUAGCAGGAUGGCAAAUCCACCGGAUUAUCCCGACAGGUCCAAGGUUGUCCGAAACUUAGGAGGGUCUUGGCAGCCGUGA